AUGAACUUGCCCCCCCCCUCAGGUCAUCUCGAAAUUGUUCGUCAGCUGUUGGAUGGGGUGGACAUCAAUCAUAGGGAUGCUUCCGGCAUGACAGCCCUGUCCAUUGCGUCCAGCAAGGGCUUCGUGAAGAUGGUCCGUCUGCUUUUGGAUGCCGGAGCGGAUCCAGACAUAAAGGACGCCUUCAAGUGCACCGCGCUGAUGUAUGCCUCAGACAGGGGCGAUGAAAGAAUCGUGCGCCUCUUGCUCAAUGCCCGUGCAGAUCGACAGGCGUUGGACAUGCUGGGCCGUACCGCACUGGUCAUCGCCUCCCAUCGCCGGCACGAGGAUGUGGUGAGCUUGUUGGAGCGCGCGGGCGGGCGCUGGUUCUGA